UAAAGUUUGUUUGUUGGCUGAACGCGACGCGUGAUGAAAACGCGUUACUCAUCCGCGCACCGCGAUAAUCGACCACGUCUGAUUUGAGGAUAUUCGACACGAGAUCUCCGGACUCCCGACGCUGUGACGCACGCAAACCCAUUUACCGACCUACUGUUUCUCUCUCUCUCUCUCUCUCUCUCUCUCUCUCUCUCUCUCUCUCUCUCUCUCUCUCACCCUCUCCCUCUCCCUCUGAGGAUCAAGCGAGUUUAGGCACAAUCGGCGGGUUCAAGCGCCAGGACUGUAUGUUGAUUGAGAAAGCUGGUGAAAUAAUAAGAGAAUAAUACAAAAAAAGGGAAAAAAAAACGCGGAUGUUCUGAUGCCGGUUUGCUUUCUCCUUCACGGGACACUUGAACUGAAACUUAAACGCGAGCGCGCAGAAAAAGAAAAAAAAGAAAAGAAAGAAAGCUCCAGAAGAGAUCACUUGUUUGCUACACAUGGGCCACAUUGCCAUUCCUGCAGUGUUGGUAAAGUGUUGGUGAAGCUUUGAACGUGUUCAGCAGCUGGUUACCUAAAAAAAGGGUUAAACUGCGUCUGAAGGAGAAAAGUGAGAAAGAGGAGAGGAAGAAAAAAAAAUCCAGCCUUUCUUCCACACUCGAAUCGACUCAUUGGGUGGGAGCAGCCGGAGAGACAAGAGUCCCCAGCAAAUCAGCGGCUAAUUGAUUAAAGAGACUUCAUUUGAAUAGGGGGAGGCUGGCGAGGUGCCAAUCGCCUUUCAAACACACCCAUCCCUCCCCCUCUAUCCCCCCUUCUCUCUCUCUCCCUCUCUCUCUCUCCCCCUUUCCCUUCGCCGUAUGAUUAAUUGUGAGGCAUUAUUGAUAAUCAUAACGGGACACAUGCGCGCUGGACGGGCUUCGCGUCCGUGAUUUCUGGGAAAGUUUUUUGGACGGAUUGGUUUUUGAGCGGCCCAUGCGCGAGACAGCAUGUCGCGGAGGAAGCAAGCGAAGCCGCAGCAUUUCCAGUCCGAGCCGCAGCCGCCAGUAAGCGAGCACGAUGGGGACUCAGAGCCCAGGCUGGAUGACCCCCCUUGCAAGGAUUCGGCUGCCCAUGUCUGUGGCAGAUGCUGUGCAGAGUUCUUUGAACUGUCGGAUCUUGAACAACACCAGAAGAAUUGCACUAAGAAUCAAUUAGUUCUGAUAGUGAAUGAGAAUCCUGUCUCUCCUUCCGGAACCUUCUCUCGAGGCUCUUCUCCCCAUAAUCCUGACGAGCAGGUGAAUGACACGACUAAUAACACAGAUCAAGUGGAGUGUGCUGACCUUUUAGACCAUAACUCACUGGAUAAAGAAGAAGCCAUGGAUAUGGAUGUGUCUGCAAUCUCUGUUAGCCAUGACGAUGGAAGUGGACACCUGGAAGAAAGCAGCCCCAUCAAUGGCAGCAGUGAAGGAAGCCAUGGUGGUAGGGGUAGUACUGGAUCCAAUCUAGGCAGCUCUGCUAUCUCAGCCUCAUUACCUCAACUUGAUAAUCUGACUGAACUGGGAAACUUCUCUGUGAUGAACAGCAAUGUGAUCAUUGAAAAUCUCCAGAGCACCAAAGUGGCAGUGGCCCAGUUCUCCCAGGAGACAAGAUCAGCUGGAGGCCAGAGGAUUGCAGUGCCCGCUCUUAUGGAGCAACUUCUAGCUCUACAACAACAGCAAAUUCACCAGUUGCAGCUAAUAGAGCAAAUUCGUCAUCAAAUCUUAUUGCUGGCAUCCCAGUCUCCUGAGCUACAGGUGCCACCCAAUUCCUCCCCCGGCACUCUGGCUUCAUCCACCAACCCACUAACCACACUUAGUUCUCACUUGUCCCAGCAACUAGCAGCUGCAGCAGGGUUAGCACAAAGUCUAGCCAGCCAGUCUGCUAGCAUUAGUAGCCUGAAGCAUAUUGCUAACACAGCACAGCUACCUCAAAGCAACUCUGGAAUGGGAGACUCACCUCAGAGUCUGGGAGCACUGGGGACAGCUGUGGUAAAUACACAAACAUCAGACAAGAGGGCCAGUUAUGCUGGAAGUCUUCAUUCCCAGCUAGCAACCCCAUCACUGGCAAAGUCAUCUACACCAUCAUUUGGGAUUGGAAGUCUGCUAAAUCCUGUGGCUAACUCACGUCUACCUCAGCCCCCACCAGGAAAUCCAAUGUUCUCCAGUGCUCUUCCUAGUGUUGGAUCCACAGUGGAGGAUCUCAAUUCACUAGCUGCAUUAGCCCAAAGGAAAAGCAAGCAACCCACUGUUUCUUCCUUUGAUUCUAAGAGCAGUUCAGAGGAGGCAUUCUUCAAACAUAAAUGCAGGUUUUGUGCCAAGGUGUUUGGGAGUGACAGUGCCUUGCAGAUCCACUUGCGUUCACAUACAGGAGAGAGGCCAUACAAAUGCAACAUAUGUGGCAAUCGUUUUUCGACGCGCGGCAACUUGAAAGUUCACUUUCAACGUCAUAAAGAAAAGUAUCCUCACAUUCAGAUGAACCCAUAUCCAGUACCAGAGCAUCUGGACAAUAUUCCAACCAGCACUGGAAUUCCAUAUGGCAUGUCCAUGGCACCAGAAAAGCCAGUCACGAGUUGGCUAGACAGUAAGCCUGUUUUAUCUACUCUGAGUUCAUCAGUUGGCAUGUUGCUACCACCCACUAUACCAAGUCUACCCCCAUUUAUCAAGAAAGAAGAAAAUCAUUCUGUAGCCAUUACAAGCCCUUCCCAUUCUGCUAAGAGUGACUCAGGUCCAGCAGAACCUUGUACAAAAAGCAGUGAUGGUGUGUCAGAAGAAGGAGAUGUUGCAACCUUGCCUACCUCAAAUGGGAAAACUGAAGAAAGCAGCCAGCCUUCUAGCUUCACAACAAACAUAAGCUCUGCACGAGAGAGUAAAAUAGAGUACACUACUUCUAACAGCCCUCCUAUGUCUACCAACCCACUGAUGCCUCUGAUGUCAGAGCAGUUUAAGGCUAAGUUCCCAUUUGGAGGACUCCUUGAUCCCUUGCAAGGUUCAGAAACUUCAAAACUGCAACAAUUAGUAGAAAACAUUGACAGGAAAGUGACAGACCCCAACGAGUGUGUCAUCUGCCACCGAGUUCUCAGCUGUCAGAGUGCACUGAAGAUGCACUAUCGUACUCAUACUGGGGAACGGCCCUUUAAGUGCAAAGUUUGUGGCCGUGCUUUUACUACUAAGGGCAACCUGAAGACCCACUACAGUGUCCAUCGUGCCAUGCCACCUUUGAGGGUGCAACACUCUUGUCCCAUCUGCCAGAAGAAGUUCACUAAUGCUGUUGUCUUACAGCAGCACAUCCGCAUGCACAUGGGUGGCCAGAUUCCCAACACUCCCCUCCAUGACAACUACCCAGAGUCUAUGGGAUCUGAUACUGGCUCAUUUGAAGAGAGAAACUUUGAUGACUUAGAUAACUUUUCAGAUGACAACAUGGAGGGAAUGGAAGAUGGUCCAGAUAGCAGUGUUCCAGACACACCCAAAUCAGUUGAUGCAUCCCAGGACAGUCUAUGUUCUUCGCCUAUGCCUCAGGAGCAGUCAGGUGUUGACCAUCAGGAUAAAAACUCACUCCAGGCGUUGUUAGAUGAUUCACAUUUAAACAGAGCUAAAGUAACAGAAAAUGGCUCAGUUGAAGGUGAUCAUUUCACUAAUGAUUCCUCUUCACCAGGAGGCGAUGUGGAGAGCCAAAGUGCAGGAAGUCCAGCUGUCUCUGAAUCUACCUCCUCCAUGCAAGCUCCAUCACCUUCUAGUGGUGUUCCCCAGCAAGGCAAAUCCCCCAGUUUGGAGGAUCGUCAGCACAGGGCAUUAUCACUGGAGCACAUAAGCACAGGCCUCAUGCAAUCCCAUUCCUCAAGUCUAGGGGCACUUGACCUAACCUCCAUGAACCCAUCUAAAGACCCUUUGGGCAUGAUUUUUCCCUUUCGCGAGAGAGGCACUUUGAGAAACACGUCAUGUGACAUUUGUGGAAAGACAUUUGCCUGUCAGAGUGCCUUGGACAUCCAUUACCGAAGCCAUACCAAAGAAAGACCUUUCAUUUGCACAGUCUGCAACCGGGGCUUCUCCACCAAGGGUAAUCUUAAGCAACACAUGCUGACCCACCAAAUGAGGGAUCUGCCCUCCCAGCUCUUCGAACCCAGCACCAGCCUGGCAUCCAGCCCUACUCCAUCACUGCUUUCUGUUGGAUCCUUGCCCUCCUUGAUUAAGGCUGAAAACGGUUUCCUCCACACUCCUCAACCCGACAGUAAAGAUCUUCCUUUAAGCAUGGUGACCUCUUCCGCUUCGACGUCUCCAGUGCUUUCAGCUGCACCUCCGAGACGGACACCCAAACAGCACUACUGCAACACAUGUGGGAAGACGUUUUCCUCCUCUAGUGCUCUACAGAUCCAUGAGAGGACCCACACUGGGGAAAAGCCCUUUGCUUGCACCAUUUGUGGGCGUGCAUUUACAACUAAAGGAAAUCUUAAGGUGCAUAUGGGUACUCACAUGUGGAACAGUGCCCCAGCGAGACGAGGACGUAGGCUCUCUGUAGAUGGUCCUAUAGCCUUCCUGGGCACAAACCCAGUCAAGUUCCCUGAGCUCUUUCAGAAAGACUUCUCUAGCAGGGUAAGCAACGGAGACCCAGCUAGCUUCUGGAACCAGUAUGCUGCCGCUUUCUCUAAUGGCCUGGCUAUGAAGACGAAUGAGAUAUCUGUUAUCCAGAAUGGAGGCUUACUGCCUUCUCUUUCUGGAAGCUUGGGUAACGGAGGCAGUUCUCCCAUUGGUGGCUUGACAGGCAGCAUGGACAAGCUGCAUAACUCAGAGUCCAAUGCAGCACUAGCUGGCCUUGAGAAAAUGGCCAACACGGAAAACGGCACACACUUCCGCUUCACUCGUUUUAUGGAGGACAACAAGGAGAUUGUCACUAACUAAUGGACAAGCAGCCCUUCUAUGGUACAAGCUGAAACACACAAACACAAACACUUGCAAGACAUGUACUUACACAUGCACAACAGGAGGACAAGUGCAAGAAAAAAAGGAUUGAGACUUUAGUUACAGAAGAGAACUUGCUUUUUGUACAAUGUACAACAUGUUAAUGUUUUACAAAGCUUAUUUAUUAGUUAUUAUAACCUUGCUCGAAAAUCGAAGUGGAAACAUUAACAAUUACUUAUGUUUUUUGGUUCUGUUUUACCACCAGAACGGAGCUGUGUGAUUGUGUAAAAGUGUGCUUUUGAAACUUUUAGCAUUUCUGGAUAGAUAACCUUUUACGUUAGUAUUAAAUUAUUUCUAUCUGUAGUAUGUAUAACAAAACUGUUCAUGUUUGUGAUGCAUUGGAGCUUGAAUACUCAAAAGCAAAAGACUGUAAAUAUUGUACACUGAUCUGUGCUAGAUGGUUUACCAGCUGUGUAUUAACUCCCACCUUGUUAAAAAAAUAGCCUUUGAUUUUUUUUUUUCUCCAUCAUGCAGACGAUACAUGAGAUAGGUCUAUUAUCCAACUUUUAUUUAAGUAAAAACAAACCGAGCAUAACUACAUCUCAGCUGUUUUUAGAAAUUAAUCCUUGUUUUCAGUGUUUUUUCGUAUCGUAUUGUUUUUUUUUUUCUUUUUUUUCAUUUUUCUCACUUUCUUUGUUUAGUUUUACUUCCUUUCUUUCUUGUUGCUAUACACUACAAAGCUUUGAAUAGCUUCAUUGUUACAUGAGCAAACACAAAGGAAGGUCUACAUGGUUUAAACCUAAGAAAGAAAUUAAAUGCAUUCUGUCCGUUCAACUUUUUGAAGUAAAUGCAAUCGUUUUUCACAUCUUCAUCUGUCAGUAAGCAGCGUCCACAUAUAUGUCUCAUGAGGAACAGAAACAGCAAGAACAACAAAUAUGUACAUAACAUUGUUCUUUUUUCAAUAUAUAAAAAAUAUAAAGAUAUAUAUUGGGUUUAGAAUCCAUUAGACUGUUACAUGCACUUUCUCGGGUAGGUAGAAAACCUUUCAAGGGUUCAGUUUCUCUACAUUUUAAUGCCUGCUAACUAACUAAAAUACAGUCAUUUACUUAUUCCAUUAAUCAAAUACAUCUGAUUUUGUUUGCUUCUUCUUUUUUUUUCUUUUUCAAGACACAAUAUAUGAGCACUUCUUUUUUUAAUUGUCCUUCCUUUUCUUCUUUUAAUUAACACAGCCACUUCGUUUCUUAGAUUGAUUAUUAGCCUAUAGUACUGUUUGUCUACCAUUUUCACGUUUUCUCUUUGGCGCUUGAAUGCACCGGAUUUAAUGCGGCGCACCUCCAGUGUUCUCUAAAGCAGGCUGCAUUAGCAUCGACUCUCACCCCAUGAUCUGUUUGGAUGGAAAUGCAAUUUAGUGAGAACUGGGCAGCCUAUGGCCAUUAAAAACCAUACCGCAGCGCAAGUCCGAUUUCAGUUCAUCAUUGGGCCGGUUGUCAGGCCUCUGAAUCUUUAAUUAAAGCAUCGAUCGGCUCGCCA